CACCUUACAAUUUCCCUUAAAGAAAACAAUACAGACACCACACAAUGUCAGCACCAAACGCCUCCCAACCCUCAAUGGUCACCGGCCACGCCCAAUAUGCAAAAGGCUACGUCGAAGAAACCAUCGGAAACGUAACCGGCUCGAAAGAAUGGCAAGAGAGCGGGAAGAAGGAUACCGCGGAAGGGAUCUCUGAGAUGAAGGCAGCGAACCAAGCGCGAAGCGGCGAACCAGCUGCUAGUGGAAUUGGAGGGAAGAUUGAAGAGGUCGCGGGCAAGGUGGCAGGAUGUGAGGGGAUGGAGAAGGAGGGGUUGGAGAGGCAGGAGAAGGCGUCGUAG